GUGGGUUUCUACUUUCAGUAUGUCUGGACGUGGCAAGCAAGGAGGCAAAGCUCGCGCCAAGGCCAAGACUCGCUCCUCGCGGGCCGGGCUCCAGUUCCCCGUGGGCCGAGUGCACCGCUUGCUCCGCAAGGGCAACUACUCCGAGCGGGUCGGGGCCGGCGCGCCGGUGUAUCUGGCCGCGGUGCUGGAGUACCUGACGGCCGAGAUCCUGGAGCUGGCGGGCAACGCGGCCCGCGACAACAAGAAGACGCGCAUCAUCCCGCGCCACCUGCAGCUGGCCAUCCGCAACGACGAGGAGCUCAACAAGUUGCUGGGUAAAGUCACUAUUGCUCAGGGCGGCGUCCUGCCCAACAUCCAGGCCGUGCUGCUGCCCAAAAAGACCGAGAGCCACCACAAGGCCAAGGGCAAGUAGAAGUACGUCGUUCUUUGCAACUCAAAUCUUUCCAAACCAAAAGGCUCUUUUCAGAGCCACU